CCACGCUGGGCCUCAGCCAAUAGAAAACGCGGUCUCUUCUUCUCCAAGAAAAGAAGCUUUCUAUUCCUAAUUUUCUCGUUGAAUUAAUUGGUGAGGGCUUAAUCCGCCUUCCAUUAUAUAAACCCUAGUACAUUCCGUAGCUCUCCUCACCUAAAAAUACUUCCCUAAAUACCCCUGCGAGAGAUGGAAGACAAUCGAUCGAAGAAGUUGGUGGUUGUUGGCGGCGGAAUCGGCGGCGCUUUACUCGCCAAGAGUUUGCAAUUCGAUGUGGAUUUGGUUCUCAUUGACCCGAAGGAAUAUUUUGAGAUUACUUGGGCGGAUUUGAGAUCUAUGGUGGAGCCAUCAUUUUCUGAGAGAAUACUGAUUAAACACACUGAUUACUUAGUGAAUGGGAGAGUUAUUACGUCCUCUGCAGUCAACAUUACAGAUAAAGAGGUACUGACAGAGGAUGGCCAAACAAUUGUCUAUGACUAUCUCGUCAUAGCCACAGGCCACAAAGAUCCUAUUCCUACCAGAAGGAAGGAUAGGAUCGAACAGUUUCAGCAAGAUAACGAAAAGAUAAAGUCAUCAAACUCUGUCUUAAUUGUUGGAGGGGGUCCAAGUGGUGUUGAACUAGCUGCAGAGAUUGUUGUUGACUAUCCAGAAAAGAAGGUGACUUUGGUCCACAGAGGACCGAGAUUGUUGGAAUUCAUUGGUCAGAAAGCUUCAACCAAAACACUAGACUGGUUGACCUCAAAGAAAGUUGAAGUUCUCCUGAACCAGUCCGUUGAUCUCAACUCCACUUCAGAGGAUGAGAAGGUUUAUGUAACAUCAGGUGGAGAAAAGAUUGCAGCAGAUUGUCAUUUUCUUUGUAUUGGAAAGCCGUUGGGUUCUUCAUGGCUCCAGGAGUCUAUCCUAAAGGAGUGCUUAGACAAGAAGGGACAACUGAUGGUUGAUGAGAAUUUGAGAGUUAGAGGCCACAGCAAUAUUUUUGCCAUUGGAGACAUCACUGAUGUUCCUGAAAUUAAGCAAGGAUUCCUUGCUCAGCAGCACGCUGGUGUGGUUGCCAAGAACCUGAAGCUGUUGAUGAAGGGAGCUAAAGAGAGCAAGUUUGUGAAGUAUAAGCCUUCUUCGACCAUUGCCAUUGUUUCCUUGGGGAGAAAACAGGGUGUAUUACAAUUACCCUUCGCUACAUUUAGUGGUUGCAUUCCCGGUAUGAUCAAAUCAAAGGACUUAUUUGUGGGCAGGACUAGAAAAACAUUGGGGCUGAAUCCCAAUCCUGACGGAAAUUGAUGGUAUAGUUGAUUUGAGGAGCUGUUGUCUUACGUAAAAUGUAUUUGAUUGUAAAUCUUGAAUGUGUGUAUUCAUUUGCUAAGCUUGGUACGUGUGAAGAUAAGGUUGUAUUUACCCUUACCAUGGGGUAACAUUGUUUCAAUUAGUGUUUUGUGUUUAGUAGAAUUUUUAUGUGUUAAAGCUUUUGAA